CAACCUGGAAAUUGAGCUCGCAGCCCUAGACCCGCUUCUUGACGCACUUGAUCUGGCAGCCCUACACUGAAUGACAAGUAAUUUCUGUUCGUUUUGCAAAAUAAACUAGUAAAUUUGUAUAUUCGCUAACAAUGGCGCGCCGCUAUGAUUCCCGCACCACGAUCUUCUCACCGGAGGGACGCUUGUACCAGGUGGAGUACGCCAUGGAGGCCAUCUCACACGCAGGAACCUGUUUGGGAAUCCUUGCCGAGGACGGCAUCCUUUUGGCCGCUGAAUGCCGCAGCACAAACAAGUUGCUCGACAGCGCCAUUCCUUCGGAGAAGAUCUACCGCCUGAAUGAGAACAUGGUCUGCUCGGUGGCGGGCAUAACCUCUGAUGCCAACGUUUUGACCGCCGAGCUGCGUCUAAUUGCUCAGCGCUACCAGUUCAGCUACGGCGAAGUGAUUCCCUGCGAGCAGCUGGUGUCCCACUUGUGCGACAUCAAACAGGCGUACACUCAGUACGGCGGCAAGCGUCCCUUUGGAGUUUCGCUGCUCUACAUGGGAUGGGACAACAAGUACGGUUACCAGCUGUACCAAUCGGAUCCGAGUGGGAACUACGGAGGUUGGAAAGCCACCUGCAUUGGCAACAACUUUGGGGCGGCAAUAUCCAUGCUGAAGCAGGAGCUUGCCGACAAGGAGAACGUGAAGCUGACACUGGAGGAUGCCAAAGAUCUGGCCGUUAAGGUGCUCAGCAUGACCCUGGACACCACAAAGUUGACCCCCGAAAAGGUCGAGAUGGCCACUUUGCAGCGAAUUGAUAAUUCAACCGUUUAUAGUGUCCUGGAGAAGACUGAUGUGGAAAAACUAAUCGAGAAAUACAACAAGGUGCAGGCAGAGGCAGAGGCUGCCAAGAAGGAGAAGCAAGCGAAGCAGCCGACCAAGUAAUCCCAAGGAUGCAUAAUUAUUGAUUAAGGGUCUAUCCUGAAUUUUUGUAUUCGGCUGAGGAGCGCGUGAAAUAAAAUUUCAAAAAACAAAAA